AUGUUUGUGAUAGCGGCCGAUGAAGAUAUUCAGGUUCUGUUUUAUUGUCUUAGGAGUUUUCCAAAGGUAAAAAUACACGAGUUGUAUGCGAAGUUGGAGGUCGGUGUCGAUAGUUCUGGGGCAUCAACUCCGGUUCCUCACUCGACUGAGAGUUUUCUGGUGCUAGUACAUUGCUUUGAAAAAAUUCAAAAAAGUAAGAAAUACGGUGUAAAAUUCACUGAUAGAGAACCGUUGAUUGUGUCAACUGGUGUUAAGUAUGACAUGUUUGUGAUAGCGACCGAUGAAGAUAUUCAGUUGUAUGCGAAGUUGGAGGUCGGUGUCGAUAGUUCUGGGGCAUCAACUCCGGUUCCUCACUCGGCUGCCAUGGGCGGUGCCUCUAGUUCGAUGGCUCCAGCCACACCAACUGUUCUGUACAUUGUAUCUUCUUCCUUUGCGACUGAUUUAGACCGUACAGAGGCAGUUGGUUCUGUACCAUUUGAGAGUCAUGGGGUCCGGGUGUUAGAGUUGGAUCAUCUGAAUUAUCAUGGGAAAUGCAAGGAGUUCGACAAAGUUUGUAGUUGGUUGAUUCGCAUCUCGCUUCGUACGCAAAAGGGCACUUGGGAAGUGAGGAGGUACAACAGUUCGUGCACUUGCUUGGCCACCUCCAUUUCGAGUGACCACCGGCAGCUUGAUUACCAUGUUAUCUGUGCGAGAAUCUAUUCGUUAGUUAGGGCGGAUGUUGCGGUUACGAUAAAGGUCUUGCGGGAAGCAACAAAAGCCAAUUAUGGAUUCAGGCCUAAUUACAAGAAGGUUUGGAUGGUAAAGCAGAAGGCAAUUGCACAGAUAUCCGAGGAUUGA